AUGGCCCCAGGUCGAUAUCCUGCCGCAGCCGCCAGACUGCUCCUUCUCUCCUCGUGCCUUCCUUUGGCCUCGCUGCUGGAUUCUCCAAGAUCGGCCUUGCGGACAGCAGUUGCCCCCACCUCCGCCUUUGAAAACGUGCCUCUGGCUCCUCCGGAUGCCAUCUUCCAUGUCGCCGCCUCGCACCGGGCCGAUCCCGAUCCCAGCAAAAUCAACCUCGGCAUCGGCGCCUACCGCGACGACAACGGCAGCCCCUGGGUUCUCCCCGUUGUCAGAAGGGCCGAGAAGCUGAUCCUUGAGGACUCCUCGCUUGAUCACGAGUAUCUCCCCAUCGCAGGCCUCAAGUCCUUCACCGAUGCCUCUGUCAAGCUCAUCCUGGGCGACUCCAGCCCUGCCAUUCUCGAGAAGCGUUUUGCCGCGAACCAGACCAUCUCCGGAACCGGUGCCGUCCGUCUCGGCGCCGAGUUCCUCGCGCGCUUCCACAAAUCUGUCGUCUACAUUUCCAACCCCACUUGGGCUGUCCACCGCAACAUUUUCAGCGACAGUGGCUUCGAAGUCCGAGAGUACAAGUACUGGAACGAGUCCACUCGUGGCCUGGAUCUGGAGUCCGUGCUGUCGACCUUCCAGUCUGCUCCCGAAGGCUCCAUUCUGGUCCUCCACGCUUGCGCCCACAACCCCACAGGUGUCGAUCCCACUCUUGACCAGUGGAAGCAGAUUUCCGACGUCGUCAAGGCCAAGAACCACUUUGUUUUCUUCGACUGUGCCUACCAGGGCUUCGCCAGUGGCGACCUGGACCGCGAUGCCCAGGCCGUUCGCUACUUUGUCGAAGAGGGCCAUGAGCUGUUUGUGGCUCAGUCGUACGCCAAGAACUUUGGUCUCUAUGGCGAGCGCAUUGGCUGCCUGACUGUGGUCGCGCAAUCCACCGAGCAAGCCAAGAACAUCUCGAGCCAGCUCGAGCGCAUCACUCGAUCGCUGAUCUCGAACCCCCCGACCUUUGGCGCCCGUAUUGUGUCGCUUGUCCUGAACAACCCCGAGCUGUACGAGCAGUGGAAAACCGAGCUCAAGUCGAUGGCUGAUCGCAUCAUCUUGAUGCGCGAGCAGCUCUACGACGCCCUUGUCAAGCACGAGACUCCUGGCACCUGGAACCACAUUGUCGAUCAGAUCGGCAUGUUUUCGUUCACCGGCCUUAACCCGACCCAGUGCAAGCUGCUCACGGACAAGUUCCACGUCUACCUCGCAAGCUCUGGACGCAUUUCGAUGGCCGGCCUGAACUCCAAGAAUGUCCAGAGAUUUGCUGAUGCCGUCGACUAUGUCGUCCGCAACGCCUGA